ACAGGACAGGUGCGGAGGGACGGUGGUCACAUGGACAGGAGCGCUGCGUUGCGCUGAGAUGGAGGGAGCUCAGCAGCAGGAGGAAUAUGACUCAGCCCUAGCCUGGUUCACAAACUUUCAACUGGCCAGCAUUGUCAGAAAUAGAGUUGUACCAGAAUGGUUCCAUGGCCUCAUCUCUAGGAAGAUUGCGGAGGACCUGCUGGUGUGUAAACCUGUAGGCCACUUCCUGAUCCGCGUGAGUGAGAGCAGGAUAGGAUACACCCUUUCCUAUCGUGGUAAGGAAUGCUGUCGUCACUUCAUGAUUGAUGUUCUGAAGGAUGGCCAGUACAACAUUAUUGGAGAGAAAAUCAAUCACAGAUCACUGCAGGACCUUGUGGAGUUUCACCACCAAGUUCCAAUUAAACCCUAUAAUGACUUAUUGACUUUUGCAUGUGAAAAGGGUGAAGCAUCUAUGGACACCCUUUUAACCACCGUAGUCGGUUCCAGUUUCCCAGACUCCAAGAACUGCUUCCAGACUGCAGGGUGUGCAACAGUUCCUGCUCACAGUGGUCCUUCCAGAUUGUACCCCUGUAUUGAAACAGAAAUAGCUGCAAUGAACUUUCAGGGCUCAAGCCUGGGGGACACUGGUAAACCAGCAGUGCCACCAAAGAUGCAACUGAGUUCCAUCAGCUCACAACUUCCAAAGUUACCACCUAGAGGCUUCCUGUCACAUGGCAACUCUGAAACCAGUGCUGGAAACAUCAUUCCCUCAGAACCCAAUUCCAUGUGUGCUGAAACACUGUCAGCCGAUUCCAGCCAACAGUCAGGGGCUCCGGUGCCCCACCAGAAGAGAAACAAAGCCAUAAUCAGCAUAAUUAAUUUCAAGAAGAAGCACAUCAUGAAAAGGUCCAAAUCAGAGGAGCACACUUACUCUGAGAUCUUCAUGAAGCAUGAGACAGUACCGGAUCACUUGUCAUUUCCAGCUGUAGAGAAUGAAAAUGGGAAUGCUGAGAGAUCCACUGAGAAUGUGUAUCAGGAGCUGCUGGAAGGGAGUCUAGUCCCUGAGGUCAGCAGGGAUUCUGUGCACACUGCUGAUCUCAGUGUCUUUUCAGCUGAGCAAAGGCUACCAACAGAGUACUUACACCCUCCUCCAUUUGCUCCUGGUUACUAACACCAAAAAACACAGUGGAGAAGAACUGGCAAAUGUGGCUUUCAAGAGUUACUUUAAUGUAAAUGUGUUACUUCAAUUCUACUCUUCAAGGCCACUGAAUUUCAUUAGAGAUGGAUUAAAACACAAA